AUGGACAUGCUGCCCGAGCCGGCCGUGACAGGGCUGCCGCCCGGCCGCACCUAUGGCGGCAACCGGGCUUUUCACAACUAUGCCAACGACUACUCGCACAUUUCGGACCCGAACCUGCGGCGGCGCCUCGCGCUCUCGGAAAUCGACAAGGUGCCCCUCGGCCUGUACCACGUGCGCGCCGUGGCAGUGGCCGGCGUCGGCUUCUUCCUCGACUCAUACGACAUCUUUGCCAUCAGCAUGGUCACGAACCUCUGGGGCCUCGUGUUUUGGGGCGGCGGCGACGCCACGGCAUCGGCGCUCGUGGCCGAAACAGCAGCCGCCUACGGCUACGGCAACAACCACGGCUCGCUGCCGGACCCCGUCAACCAGGCCGUCAAGGCGUCGACGAGCGCAGGCAUCAUCGUCGGCCAGCUGGUGUUUGGCUGGCUGGCCGACGUCCUGGGCCGCCGGCGCGUCUACGGCAUCGAGCUGGCCGUGAUUGUACUGGCGACGCUCGGCUGUGCGCUCGCCAGCCCCAGCCCGGCCAUGAGCUCGACGGGCCUGCUGGUGUUCUGGCGCGUCGUCAUGGGCGUCGGCAUCGGCGGCGACUACCCGCUGUCGUCCGUCAUCACCUCCGAGUUUGCGCCGACGCGGUGGCGCGGCGCCAUGGUGGCGUCCGUGUUUUCGAUGCAGGGCUUCGGGCAGCUGCUGAGCGCCAUUGUGGCGCUGGUGGUGACGGCGGCGUUCCGGUCCGAGUUUGUCGGCGUCGCGAAUGCCGCCCAGUGCGGCGUGGGCUGCCGCGCGGCCGCCGACCGGUGCUGGCGCAUCAUCAUCGGCUUCGGCGCGCUGCCGGCGUGCUUUGCGCUGUACUACCGCAUCACCAUCCCCGAGACGCCGCGCUACACGUUUGACGUGGCGCACGACGUCGAAAAGGCCGAUGCCGACAUCCGCGCCUACAUGGCCAGGGAGCGCGAAGGCACCGUCGACCCCGUGGUGCAGGCGCGGCUGAAGCGCGUCGCCGGGCCUGCGCUGUCGUCGGGUCCGUCGGCCACCGUGCCGCACGCCUCGUGGGCCGACCUGCGCGCCUACUUUUGGGGCCGGGGCAACCUGGACCAUCUGCGCGUGCUGCUGGGCACCAUGCUGUCGUGGUUCUUUCUCGACCUGGCCUACUACGGGCUGGCUCUCAACAACUCUGUCGUGCUCGAGGCCAUUGGCUACUCCAAGGGUGCCAAUCUGUAUGCGGUGCUCUACAACAACGCCGUUGGCACCAUCAUCCUGGCGUGCGCCGGCAGCCUGCCCGGCUACUGGACGGCUGUGCUGACCAUCGACACCGUUGGCCGCAAACCGCUGCAGGUCGGCGGCUUCCUGGUCUUGACGGUCCUCUUCUGCGUCAUGGGCUUCGCGUUCCACCGGCUCAGCGAGACCGCCAUGCUCGCCCUCUACGUCGUCGCGCAGUUCUUCUUCAACUGGGGCCCCAACACGACCACCUUUGUCAUUCCCGGCGAGUGCUUCCCAACGCGCUACCGCUCCACGGCCCACGGCAUCUCGGCGGCCAUGGGCAAGAUCGGCGCCAUCCUCGCGCAGGUCAUUAGCAUCCCAAUCCUCAGCCGCGACGCGCCGCCCAACUGCACCAUGAGCGGCGGCAGCCCGACCUCCAAGAGCUGCUCGCCCUGGCUCAACCGCCUCAUGCAGAUCUUUGCCCUCUUUAUGCUGUGCGGCACCAUCGUCUCGCUAUUUUGCAUCCCCGAGACCAAGGGCGUCACCCUCGAGGAGCUGUCCGGCGAGGCGCCCACGUCCUACAAUGCGGGCCGCAACGGCAGCAUCGGCGGCGGCGGCAGCGGCGGCGGAGGCGGUGGCGGCGCUCGACGGCGCAGACGCCGUCGCAAUGCUGCCGCCGAUUUCGAUAUCAACAACAACAACAACAACGGUGCUGGUGGCGGUGCCACGGCCUCUUCGUCGUCCUCCCUGGCCAAAGCCUUCCAAGAACCCCUGGACUGGAACCCCUUUGCGGGCGGCCAGCCGGCUGGCUUCUUGUAUCCACGCAUGGGCGCUCGCAAGUACCGCCGUCGGCGCAUCUUUGGCCGCGUCCUCGGCGGCGGCGGCGUUGGCGGCCGCGGUUCGUCGCGCGGCGGGUCGGGUGCCCGCAUGCGCGGCGACGACUAUACAAACGACGGCGACGACGCCCGCAUCGACAUUAUGACCAGUCCUGAACUGGCUGCCCAGCGCGAAGCCGCGCGCAACAACAAGGGCGGCAGCAGCAAAAAGGGCGCCGGUGGUUCGGCGGCUGCCGCCGCCGCCGCGAACAUCGGCCACUCCGCGCCGUCCCGCUCGCACAGCGGCCGCCACCUCCUCAGCCGCGGCGGCGCCUCCAGCAGCAACCGCAACCACGACCACGACCGCGACUCGGACACAUCCGCAGCCACGCUGACGACAUACACCAACGCGAACACGGCCGGCUACGGCGGCAACCAUGACGACAGCGGCGAGCCCGGCGACCGCCCGAGCCGCCGGAUGGUCCAUCCGCUGCACCCGGCCUUUUCCACCGGCCACGGCGGCAGGCUGCCCGGAGACGACGGCGACAUUGCCAUGGGCGGCCUGGCGCAUCCCCCACGAACGGCCGCGCAUCAGCGGUACCCGCGCGGCACCACCAACAGCGACGGCUUCUCGUCGGAUGGCGAGGGCCCUGCGCAUCUUGGCCACGGCGGAAUCGGUGUCUUUCCCGGCUGGGGCGCCGGCUGGGGCCGCAUCGACCGCUCCAAUAUUGGCCAGGCGACGGCCGACAACACCCUGGACGACAUCCGACUGAGUGAUGUUGGCCAGCUGCUGCGGUAG